AGAGCGUGCAGUGCUCAGAGGCUGCUUCUCAAUGGAGGGCUGCAGACGGAGAAAGAGGAGAGAUUCCACUACAGUUAAUUAAGGACCACUCUGCAUGUGCCUGUAAAUGCGAGGAGGCAAAUCUAUUCUGUGUCAGUGGCAGGGUGCCCUCGAGGGACAACAGUGAUAUUUUCAAAGGUGGAAAUGACAGUGCUCUAAGUCUGUUUCCAGAGUCUGGCUUGAGUGUCAGUUUCAGUGAGCCUGCUGCUGUGUUUUCGUCAAAGUGAAGUCGACGAAGGGAGUGUGAAAGGAGUUCACUCCUCAAAACCAUCAAAGGAGUUGGGUGAGAUCCACAUGAGCCACAGCAUGGAUGGAUGUAACAUGUGUUAAGACACACCUAUACUCCUGCCUGGAUUGUUCAGCAGAUGUGCCCUGUCAUGUCCUGGCUGCUCUGCCUGAGUCUCUGGGUCAGUGUGACGGCCAUUCAGCUGUGCCAGGCCACCUUCUAUGACACCAUCCAGCAGCACCAUGUGACACGGCCCGGACGCGUCUCCAUCCACAUGAUAGAAGGAGGCACAUGUGAGGUGAUUGCUGCUCACCGAUGCUGUAACAAGAACCGCAUAGAGGAGCGCUCCCAGACAGUCAAGUGCUCCUGUCUACCAGGGAAGGUGGCAGGGACCACCCGGAACAGGCCCUCCUGUGUGGAUGCAUCCAUAGUAAUUGGGAAGUGGUGGUGUGAGAUGGAGCCGUGCCUGGAGGGAGAAGAGUGCAAGACGCUCCCUGACAACUCUGGCUGGAUGUGCUACGCUGGCAACAAGAUCAAAACCACCAGGAACACCCAGCCAUACACAUCGAUAUAUUAAGACCUGGCAGCAGAGCAGAGUUACUUAACAGAUGAGUUACACCUAACAAAAACCUUCGCAUUUACUCAACAAGCCUGGAAAUCCUGGAUAAAAGACAUGACUACAUGUGCAUACUACAACCACUGCUGCGGGCUGCUGACAAAUGACACAGUUCAAAAGUAUUCCCAUGGGGAGCAUGGUAUAACUUGGUGAUGAAUUAACUUUCAUCCUUUGGAGAGGAACAUGAACACCACUGCCUUUGGAUAAAGACUGUGUUUGAUAUUCCUCCUCUGGCAUCUAUAAACUGAUGUUUAUUAUGAAGCUCUCACGUAGAGACACUUGCGGUGUUAGGGUUGGUUUGAGAAAAUGGUGGUUGACAGCCCUCAGGUUUCUUAGAGUACACAUUUGUACAUACAAUGUUCAUGUCUUUCUAUGUGUACAGGACGAUGAAGGUCAGAAGUCUCUUACUGAAGUCCCUGAAUGCAAACUUUUCUUCAUCUCUACUCUUCUUGUAGUUGUGAUCAAAUACAAAGCCAAAUGUUUGUACUGAAAAUAUUGAAAUCUAUAUUGAGGGUUUGAACAUGUACAGAUGAUGUACUUAUAGUUCUUGACCUCCCAGUCCACUUACAGUAUGCCUAGUGUCUCUGAAUUGGUUCAGAUGAAAUACAUAUUAUCUGUUAUCUUGCCAUUGGGCUAUUGAGUCAGACAAAAAUCUGAAGAGGGCACAUGACCCACCUGAAGCUUAUCUCAAGUCUUUUUAGGUUGAGGUCCGAGUUUUGUUGUUGGGUGGAUAGGGUUGCCAAAAGGACCUUUUCCAAAUACAAAAUGGUGUUUCUUGUUACAUUCUGUACAUUUUCAGUUUGUCUGUGUUUGUAUGCCUUUCUUCAUACAUGACUCUAUAACAUUUACAGAAAAUAACUUCUACUCAUUAGAAAUCCUUUAAUUGUGCACCAAAAAUUACAGUUUGUGUGUAUUUUCCCUUAAAUGCCUUAUUUGUGUCGAUUUAUUCAACAAUACUGUACAUAAUACAGUAUUAUUGGAUACAUAUGUCUUUCAUCUUGGAAAACAGUAUGGUGUGUGUGAUUAAAUAUCUA